AUGAUCCUUCCAGAACGUGUUCAGAGACAAAUCUCCACCUUUUCCCGGCGGCUGCGUCAAUGCCAGGCAGAGCUCAAGCUCUUGAAUGCCGAGGAGCGGAUCGAGGAACAUGAUGUGCUCUGCGAAAGCGAGUUCAUGUCGAUUUUCAGGGACACAUGUAUUCUAGUUCAGGAGGAACACGCUACGAGCCCGCCGUAUCUCACUGAACUGACCUCUGAGGUUCAGAAGAUUCACAACAGAGCCCUUGGAUAUGCUUAUGGUAUUGGGGAUCUGUACGACUUCAUGCCAUCGUGGGCUCACGACGACGCCGCCGGUCGCGCGCUGAUCGUGGAUCGUAGCGAGGGAGCGCUUUCGUUGCCCCACGCAACUAUCCCUAUGAUGCUCGAAAUGCUGAACAUUGAUCCUGAAACUGCUAUGCAGAAAGUAGGGAAGAUUCUUCCAGACCCUUGGAAUCUGCACAUGAAACGGCACCCUAAGUCAACCUUAUUGUCCCGCUUUCGUCCGGACCUACCGCCUCUUACAGCGACACCCUCAUCUCCACUUGCUGCCUCCGUUUAUGACGCCCGGUGCGAGGUUACUUCAAUCGAUUCUAUACUGCCAACCAAGCUUCGCAUGUCUUCAGGGAGCUCAUGUCUGGCAAUGACUGGAACCUGCGGGCAUAAAAAUCGCACUCCAGGGCUGAACUUUUGUCUCCCAGACGAUUCUUUGGGCGUUCGGUUCUUGAACCCUGAGCUUUCAGAUGUCGCCACUCAAUUAACCAUGGACGAAGAUUCUCAAAUGAUCUAUGUUGGUGAUCGCAGUCAUGUCAAGUCUUUUGCAUGGGGAGAUAAUGAAGGACCCUACCGUUUUCUCUAUCCCGUCUAUACUCUUGAUUCUAAAUGUUCGGACGGGCCAAUUGCUGUUCUCCCCGGGGGUCGCGUUGUUCGCGCUGGGGCCGGCGGGGUCGCCCUAUGGAAUACCGACGAAUUAGAGAUGCAGGGUUGUGAUGCCGAGACGGUUAUAGGAGACCAGUCAGAUCCUGAAGAAGCCUCGCAUGGUGGUACUUCGGACACAUUGUUCUCGUCGAGUAUACCUCGGAGCUCAUUUAUCAGGUUCACUGAUAUCCCUAAUUUGACACCCACAGUUUGGGAACCACUUCCCAACAAUCCUUCCACCCUCCUCUGCGCCGAGUACUUUGAAUUGAUCAAGUACGGUUGUGUAUCCAUCGACCUCGAAUAUAGCGGAAAAACUAUGGCACGAUAUCUCGGCCACGGAGGAGCGGUCUCGGAUUUUUCAGUUAGUGCCACAGACUCACAGAUGUUCCUGACUGCGUGUCAUGACGGUUAUGCACGCUUGUUUGACAUACGGCAACCCCUGCCAGUGAUCACUUUGGAUGCAUGCGGGGCAGACGCAUUCUGCGAGGCGGUCGUAUUAGCUCAUCCUGAUGGCAUACCCACUGUUUUCACUGGCACAGGUAAACACGAGCAAAUCAAGGUUUGGGAUAUUCGCGCCUGCACACCGAUAUACGAACUCGCAACCGGUAACAACGCAGUCAAAUCGCUAGCGUGGGACUCGAAGCGUAACUGUCUAUAUGCUGCAACCGAAUGUGCAUACAUGGAUCGAAUGGGACGUCACUACGAUUAUCGCCCUGGAAGAGUUCCGAGCCAGUCAAGCCAAGAAGGAGAAGCUUCGUAUGAAGAGGACUACGACAGGUGUUGGCCAUUUGAAGCUUGGCAUGCUGAAGACUACUUCGGGUAUACAUUCGAUGCUGGAGAUCAUAGGAUUUUUCGGUAUGCAUUCAAGGAAGACCCCAACACAUCUAUUUUACCCGCAUCACGUGCAAGCCACGACUCGCCAUUCGGUCUCAUCGAUUUGCAUCCGGUCCGAUCACCGCUUGUCAACGCCUCAAGACCCCUCGCCGACGAUUACAAAAUGGUCAAUAUUCCCAAGACCCGCCGCACCUCAAAAGACUGCAAGGGAAAGACUUGCAAGAAACACACCCCUCACAAGGUGACCCAGUACAAGAAGGGAAAGGACUCUAUUUUCGCGCAGGGUAAGCGCCGUUACGACCGAAAGCAGUCCGGUUACGGUGGUCAGACCAAGCCCGUCUUCCACAAGAAGGCCAAGACGACGAAGAAGGUUGUACUACGACUGGAAUGCACUGUGUGCAAGUACAAGAUGCAGCUCGCGUUGAAACGAUGCAAGCACUUCGAGCUUGGUGGUGACAAGAAGACCAAGGGUGCUGCUCUCCAAUUCUGA